AUGACCACCCUCAAGCCCCUAACCCUCCACGCACACGCCACAGGCCCAAAUCCCUUCAAGGUAGCCAUCCUCCUCGAAGCCCUCAACCUCCCGUACACAGUCAAACUCUGGACCUUCGGCGACGACUCCAGCGGUGUCAAGGGCGCCAGAUUCCUCGCCAUAAACCCCAACGGCCGUGUCCCCGCGCUGGAAGACCCAAAUACAAAUAUCACCAGCUGGGAGAGCAUGGCCUGCUUGAACUACCUGCUGCGCGUUUACGACACCUCGCACAGAUUCAGCGCCGACCCUAGUGCAGGGCAGCAAGGGCUCAUCGAGAUUGACCAGUGGGUUAGCUUCCUUGUUAGCACGCUGGGGCCUAUGCUGGGGCAGUGCAAUUGGUUUCGGCACUAUAAUGCCGUUCAGAACGACGACGCGUACAAGAGAUACAAGGCGCAGGCAUAUCGGUGCUUUGGGGUGCUCGAGGGACAAUUGAAAAGCCAUGCGGGGAAGUGGAUUGUCAAGGGGGAGGGGCCCAGUGUUGUUGAUUUCCACUUUGAGCCAUGGAUGAGGCAGUACGAGUUUGCGGGGCUUUCGCUGGACGAGUACCCGAGUGUCAAAGCGUGGCUGAAAAGGGUACAGGCGCUGCCGGAGCUGGUGAGGGCUUAUGAGAAGGUGAAGGCUGGCGAGGAUAUGUAG